CUGUCCCCGCGCCGGGGCGUGCGUGAGCCCGCGGCUGCCCCGCACCUGGGGCCGCCUGCCCAUGUCCCCGGGCGCCGCGCCGCACGCGGAGGCGGAGGGGGACGAUGGUGCGCGGGGCCCGGCGCUGAGCGAUGGAAGGAGUCCUGUACAAGUGGACCAAUUACCUCACCGGUUGGCAACCUCGCUGGUUUGUUUUGGACAAUGGGAUUUUGUCGUACUAUGAUUCACAAGAUGAUGUUUGCAAAGGUAGCAAAGGAAGCAUAAAGAUGGCAGUAUGUGAAAUUAAAGUUCAUCCAACAGACAACACAAGAAUGGAGCUAAUAAUUCCAGGGGAACAACAUUUUUAUAUGAAAGCAGUUAAUGCAGCUGAAAGACAAAGAUGGCUAGUAGCACUUGGGAGUUCUAAAGCCUGUUUGACAGAUACCAGAACAAAAAAAGAAAAAGAAAUUAGUGAAACCAAUGAAUCUCUUAAAACCAAAAUGUCUGAACUUCGCCUCUACUGUGAUCUCUUAAUGCGUCAAGUUCAUACAAUACAAGAAUUUGUGCAUCAGGAUGAGACUUGCUCCUCUCCCAGCAUUGAGAACUUGAACGAAGCUUCUUCCUUACUCAGUGCUACAUGUAAUACGUUUAUUACAACACUUGAAGAAUGUGUGAAGAUAGCAAAUUCCAAGUUUAAGCCAGAGAUGUUUCAACUGCCUCAUCCUGAUCCUUUAGUUUCUCCUGUGUCACCUUCACCUGUUCAAAUGAUGAAACGUUCCAUUAGCCACCCUGGUACUUGCAGUUCAGACAGUUGCAGGAGUAGUCACUCGGUAAAAGAACCAGUUUCUUCAGUUCACCGGCUAUCACAAAGACGCAGAAGAACAUACUCUGAUACAGAAUUCUAUAAUGAUGUUCCCCUUGAAGAUACAGAAAGAUCUGCUCACUGUUCAAGAAGUACACUCAAUGGGGAUUUGGCAGUGUCAACCAUUCCUGAAGAAAACAAAUCUGUGUCCAUGAAAAAAUCUGAACUGGAAGAGACUCUUGCAUUCUCUUCUUCCUGAAGAAACUGAAGUAUUCAACUUUCUUUAAGUAAUGCUAUGCAAAAGCUGCUGUAAUUAUAUUAUUGUUAUAGGAAGUAGUUCUUUCCCUUUUAGAAGGAUUUCUCUGCACUUUAUAGAUAAAUGUAAAAACUAACUUCAAAGUGUAUUUUAUCUUUAUAUCGUUUAUUUGCAAGACUAUUUUCCUAAUACUUCACAGUUUGAAUGUGUGGUUGCUCUUUUUUUGUUUUUGUUUUUUUGUUUUGUUUUUUGAACAAAUGAUGGUUUAACAGAAAAACAUCUGCAUUUGUAAAUUUAGCUCUUUUAAAAAGUGUGAAGGUCUGAUUGACAUCUUAAGUAAGCCUGUGAUUAGAAACCUUGGAAAAAAGGUUUCAGAUUUUGGGCAGAAAAUGUAACUUGUGCCAUGGACCAGUUGGUUGUUUGUACAAACCUGGGACCUGAUCUCGUAGUCCUUGUGUACUCCAUAGUUCCACUGGAAUGGGAAUUUUACCUAAUAAAACGACUGUGGCAUAAGCAUGCUAGUGGGUUGUUAUAUCAGCUUGAUGGUAAUUAAUAUUGCCUGCCUUUAAAACCACGAGGUUAUAAAUUAUCUGGUCCUUAUUUUUAGCCAAUGAAAGUAGAAAUAUCUAGUGUAUUUUUCUAAACAAAUAUAUAAAAAGUAACUUAUCUUAAUAUGAAGCAUUUGUACCAAACAUUGGAUAUUUAACAAUUUUUAUUUAUUUAUUCCUUUUUGCAUCAAAAAAUUUCUACUGACUUUCAUUGCUAAAGAUAUACAGAUUUUAUGACAUGCUUAAAUCAUUGAGGAAGUGUAUCGCGUUAUUAAAUGGCUCUUGUAGCACUGUUUAGAUUUACUGUGCAAUCAAAUGAAACGGCUUAAGUAUUCUGUCUAACAAGGUAUUAUUUUAGUGCUUGCUUCUAUAAUAGACCAUUGAGCUGCUGUUGUAAUGAAUAUUUUGUUAUCUAUAUGUAUUUUAUUUAUGACCUAUAUUUAUACAGAAAAGGGGUUUCUGUUGUUUUUGACUUCUAAAUAUGAUGUCAAGUUGGCUUACAUCUGGAGCUAGAUUCUGAUCAAAUUUGCAUUAAUUUCAAGUAGGAUCAGAAUUUGGUUCUAAUUACUCUGUGAAUAAUAUAGAAUAGCAGUGCCUGCUAGCACCUUGCUUGUAUAAGGUUGUUAGUGUUUGCAUUACAAACUUGGUUUUUAUAUUCACUUUUUUGGACAAAAUUGCUCUAUAAGGUGUUAGUCCUGGAGUACUUUAAAAAAUCAUUUGCUGUUUUAAUUUACACAGUGUUUAAUAAAUACAUAUUUUUUGCACUCUUAUGCACCAAAUUCUGUUUUAUAAUCAAACUUCCUUUAAUUUGAUAAUUCUGUUGCCCCAUUAUUAUUUUUCACAUGUACAAAAACAUUCAUUUGUAUGGACUCAAGAAGAGGAAUAAAGAAUGAAACAGAGCUUUCCUUUUGCAUCAAGCAGGUCUAAAUUUUCACAAAAAUAUGAGCAAUUACAUACCUAGAUCUGCAAUCCUGCAAAAAUUUAUGUAUGGUGCACAGAAUGGAACUACUUGCAUAAAAUAGUCAUGUAUUUGCUGGAUCAGAGUCCUAAUUUGUGUUUAGAUUACCAACUGCAUGUAACUAGCCAUUUGCACACACAAAUUAGUCAUACACAUGCUUGCACAUUUUUCUGAAAAUUUGCAUUCUAAUGUAUUCGGUCUUAGUCUCCUGCUGUCUUAUCAGAACUGUAAAAGAAAAUGUUAAAAAGUGACCUGAUCAAACAUUCCAGUACUAUAUAUACUGCAACAAAAGUAUUGCAGCUGAUCAUAUUUUUUUACAGUUAUCAUUAUAUUGUUGGAACGAUCAUAUUUAAGCUCUGAUAUAACUACUUUCAAAUAUUUGGGCAAAUGCAUUGUUUUUACUUUUUGAGUUCUUUUAAUUUGGUUAGGGAUUUUUAUUGUACACAAUUCUUGUUCACGUUUGUAAAAACGAAAUCCAGAUCCAAGUUUUCUGAGCUAAGGUUGCAAAAGAAGAAAAAUCCCUUUAAAUUACAUUAUUUCAGUCGUUUUUUUCAUUCCUGUAAGUUUUGAGUGAAUGAAAAGAAGAAAUUGGAAUUAAAAUUAACUUGUUGCACUUAA